AUGCAUCUUCAAACAACAGUUUUUGCAGCUGCCCGAAUUCCGAUGAUCAAAUUCGGCCAGCCUGCCCCGCUGCAGGUCGCGGGAAGCGCUGUUUCCCCUCUUUCGGCCGCCAAGCCCACUUCAAUUGGAGCUGUUGGCAAGAUUCCACGCGGACAGGGAAUUCCCGAAGCCCAGACGCCGAAACGGUUUCUCCGACCACUUAUUUCACAAGAAGAAUGCGAUGCGAUUAACGCCGGCGGCAGCUACGGCUUG